CAACCAUGCAUUCUCUUUGAUCACAAUCUUAGUGUCUUUCUGAAGUCGACUUCAAGGACCUGUGUCCAAGUCUUAGUCCAUGCCGUCACGGACGGGCACCCUAAGUUUUAAAAAAAUAAACAAAAAUAAAAAAAAACAAGUAUAAACCAAGUACAGGCAAUACUAAAAUGGCGGUUUUCACUAUUAUUUUACUUUCAAGUGUCUUCAACAGAGUUUCUUUUGCAGUACUUGAUACUAUCAAUGGUGUUCAAUCUAUCAACGAUGGUGGCACGAAUUUGAUUUCCAAAGGAGAAAGCUUUGAGCUGGGCUUCUUCAGUCCGGGCAGCUCAAAGAAUCGUUACUUGGGAAUUUGGUACAAGAACAUCCCAGUUCGGACUGUCGUUUGGGUCGCAAAUCGUUGCAACCCAAUUAAUGAUUCUUUUGGCUUGUUGAAGAUAAACAACAGUAACGGAAAUCUCGUGCUUUUGGGUCAGAACAAGAGUGUGGUUUGGUCAACGAGGUUGUUGAAACAAGCCCAGAAGACUAAGCUUCAGCUCCUAGAUAGUGGAGAUCUUGUACUGAGAGAUGUUAACUCAAAUACUAUUUUCUGGAGAGGCUUUGAUUAUCCUUCCGAUACACUGUUACCAGACAUGAAAAUGGGGUGGGACUUAAGGACUGGCAUUAAAAGACGUCUCUCGGCUUGGAGAAGUACCGAGGACCCCUGUCCUGGAGAUUUCACUUAUGGGUUGGAGUUCAACCCAAAGCUUCACACUUUUCCCGAAGCUUAUAUUCGAAAGGGUACUGCGAAAUUCUAUCGUAGUGGUCCUUGGAAUGGCCUUCGUUUUAGUGGAUCCCCAGAGUUAAGGCCUAACCCACUUUAUGAUUUUAAGUUUGUUCUCAAUGAUGAUGAAGUUUAUUACGUGUAUGACCUCAAAAAUAAGUCAAUGAUAUCAAGAAUUGUUAUGAAUCAAACCACAAGUAUUAGAGAGCGUCUUAUAUGGAUUGAAGAAGAACAAACUUGGAGGCGCUAUUCAUCGGUGCCUAGAGAUGACUGUGAUAUAUAUGGUGUUUGUGGAGCCAAUAGUCAUUGUGCUGUAGGAGAUAAUCCAAUCUGUCAGUGUUUAAAAGGGUUCAAGCCCAAGUUUCAGGAGAAGUGGAAUAACAUGGAUUGGUCUCGAGGGUGUGUGAGAAAUGUGCCAUUGAGCUGCCGUGACAGGUAUAGUGAUGGGUUUUUGAAAUUUUCAGGGGUAAAACUGCCUGAUACUACAAAUUCUUGGUUCAACCAACAGAUGAAUCUAAAGGAUUGCAGGGUUAAAUGUUUAAAUAAUUGUUCUUGUAUGGCUUAUACAAGUUUUGAUAUUAGAGGUGGGGGCAGUGGCUGUGCUAUUUGGUUUGGUGAUUUGAUAGAUAUAAAACAAUUUCCUUCUGGUGGACAAGAAAUUUAUAUUCGGAUGGCUCAUUCAGAGUUAGGUAAAUCUAAACGUAAUGUGCGAGCAAUACUGAUUUUUGUAGCUGCCAUUGGAGGUGUUUCUGGGAUUCUCUUACUUGUCUAUUACAUUUACAUGAGGAGAGGAAAAGAUGGAAACGAAACAAUAAAUCAGAAUGGAAGCCAAGAGGAAGAUCUGGAGCUUCCAUUGUUCAACCUGUCUACAAUUAGUACAGCGACAGAUAAUUUUUCAGCAAACAACAAGCUUGGAGAAGGUGGUUUUGGACCUGUAUAUAGAGGUACGUUGGAAGAUGGACAAGAGAUUGCUGUGAAGAGGCUUUCAAUGAGUUCUGGACAGGGAGUGAAUGAGUUAAAAAAUGAAGUAAAGCUAAUUGCUAAGCUGCAACAUCGAAAUCUUGUAAAGCUUCUUGGUUGUUGCAUUCAAGGAGAAGAGAACUUACUGGUUUAUGAAUACAUGCCCAACAAAAGCCUUGACUUUUUCAUUUUCGAUCAAGGACAAGGAAAACUACUUGACUGGACGAAACGCUUCCAAAUUAUAUGUGGAAUUUCGCGGGGGCUCUUGUAUCUUCACCAAGAUUCGAGAUUGAGAAUAAUACAUAGAGAUCUUAAAGCUAGUAAUGUCUUGCUAGACAACGAGAUGUAUCCAAAGAUUUCAGACUUUGGCUUGGCUAGAAUUGUUGGAGGAGAUCAAAUAGAAGAGAAAACAAACAGAGUUAUAGGAACCUAUGGUUAUAUGGCACCAGAAUAUGCUUUUGAUGGCUUAUUCUCAAUUAAAUCAGAUGUCUUCAGCUUUGGUAUUUUGGUCUUGGAGAUUGUUAGUGGGAAAAAAAGUAGAGGCUUUCACCAUGAAAACAAUGGUCUUACCCUCAUUGGGCAUGCAUGGACAUUGAUGAAGGAAGGAAGGCCACUUGAAUUGCUUGAUGAGUACUUAGUCUCUUCAUAUGAAAAUCUAGCUGAAGUGUUACGCUGCGUCCAUAUUGGUCUUCUAUGCGUACAACAAAGUCCUGCUGACAGACCAAGCAUGUCAUCUGUCGUUUUAAUGUUGGGUAGUCAAAAUGAGCUGCCUCAACCUAAAGCGCCAGGAUAUUUCAUGGAGAAAGAUUCAACAAAAGGAGACACCUCCUCUUCUAAGCCUGAAUUGUCUUCAAAAAAUGAAAUGAGCAUAUCACUGCUUGAGGCUCGAUAAGGCUUUUGAUACAUGCUCAAGACAAGCUUGAUGGAUAAUAUUAAAGAUCUAUUUGGCAUCUUUUACGAACUGACGGCUGGAAUCUGUAUGAAUAUAAAUAUGAGCUACAUGAUUCUUGUCAACCAUGUCAGCCGGAAAUUAUGUAUACAUAGAACUAUACUGGAGCUGCCCUUGUUUCUCUUAGUAAAAAGCUUGGAUGUUGAAUUUA